AUGCGGCCGCCGCCUGUACAUCCACGAGUGUCGGUUGACAAUGCCGCUCCGUACCAGAAACUCCUGGCAGACGCAGCUUCGGUUCACUCUUCACCUCGAGUGUCACGCACGGUCUUCAAGCUGCCCAACACCAGCCCAGCCAACGGCCUCUCUCUCGGCUCGGUGGAGGCUAAGUUGGCAAUAAGCACGAAGAGACCGGCAAAAUGCGAAUCGGCUCACGAGUCCGAGGCCGCAACGGCCCACGGUGGCGCAAAGAAGGUGCAGUAUUCGAUCGAAUCCAUCAAAAGCACCAACAAGGGUAGCGGUGCCUCGCGCUCACCGCAGUACGUCGAGCCGUUGUCGGGACGGCCUCUCUUACUGCGAGUCGAGAGAAGCAGCGACGACGAAGAGGUCGACAAGAGCGAGGAGUUGUCGGACAUCAUCAACUUUCUGAUCGAGACCGAUCCCAGGAGGAGCCGUGAGAGCUGCGGAGUUCUCGACGUAUCUUCCGACGACACCGAGCGAUCUUUCUCGCCGCCCGUACGCAUUUGUGAAAAAGAGCGGGGCCGAGUCGGCCCUUCACCGCCCCGAGUGAAGACAGACGCUGAAGUCGCCAAGCCACUCCUGCUCUCAAGGGAACGUGCUGAAGCUUCGCCGCUCAGCAUCGUUCUUCCCGCUCCAGAUAUUUACGGCUUCACUUACCAGCCCGACUACGCAUUUCCUAGUGUCGCGAGCGCCCCUAGUCAAUCAAAGGCAACGUCGGCGGAUGCCAAGGACGAAGCCUCGCUGCGUCUGGUGAUUACAACGCUGGACGCCGAGAUGAGUGAAACACGUGGCUCCGAGCAAACUGCUGAUGAGGCUGCCGAUGCGUGUCAAGUGCCGAAUGCCGGCGGGAAGGAAAUUCACGAAAAAACAACCACAGCGUCACCGCUUGUAAACAACGAUGCUGUCGAAAAGAGCGAUAUCGCGAACAAAGGGUGCGCGCCUAGUGACGGCUUACUAUUAAAGACUGACGGUGAUAUCUCCCAAGACCCGUCCGAUGGCGGCCCCGAUGCCAACUCUAAUGUCGUACGUAGUGGGCCGGUGGCGAGUGCGAAUUGUGAUGACGGGUGCGCGGCCGAUAAGGGCACGGCUGCUCUAGACUCGCCCGCUUAUCCGGACGCAAGGCCACCUUGUGCGGAGGAAGAUAGCCCCGCUGGUCUCAACGGCAGUCGUAACGACGGUGACGCCGACCGUGGCAGCUGCGCUUCGAAAGAGUGUGAACUGCGUACUCCGGCCAAACCGCCUGUUUCGCCGGCUCCGAAGGCGCCUUCCGAGUCGGAUUCCAGUCAACCGCGUCCGAGCCGAGCUUGAAGACGUCAAGAAGGAUCGCAGGCGUCGCCCUCGACAAAGGCCGGUGACGACGACGUUGACGUGGUUUCAGCACCUCGAGAGUACUUAGGGCUGACGUUGCCAGAUGACCGCAGGAAGGCAUGCGACAGUGACGCCGAGUCUGAUAGUACGGAAGCCCUGCGGUGGUCUCCGGGCCGGGCCUCCCGUUCAAUUAGCGCGGAAUACACGAGAGAAGGGUGCGGUGAAACAACGAAUACCGCCGGCGAUGAGGCAUCUGACAACGUGGUCGGAUCCGUAGUGGACCCAAGCAACCAACCAGUCGAAAAAGUCAAGCGAGAAGAUGCGUCUUCCCUGCUGAAUGGUGCAGGUGAUCUGAAACCCAGUGAGUCAACCGAGGAGUCAACAGCAUCAGCGGGCACGCGCAAUCUGUCUCCUCUGCGAGGACUAGACAAUCUCAUCAGCGUGUUCACUACAGUCGAAGAGGGCAAGAUUGUCAGCGUUGACUGCAAGAAAUUCCGUAAGAGGGGUCGCCCGUUGGGAUCAAAGAGAAAGAACGCGCUCAAGCGAGCGCAACUGGCCUUCCAUGCACAUGGCAUCGCCGGCGACGUCGAGUUUACGGUCAAGCAAUUGCUACGUGAUGUAGUUGAUGGAGUCGCAUUUACUAGUUGUGAGGUACCAUCCAAGCUGUCGGAAGGCAACUUAAAGGAUGUUAUAAACAGCUUCUGCGAGUCCAACGGCUUCAGCCGCCAAGAUUUUGCGGGUGACGAUGAGGACAUCUGUUUUGGCAGCGUGCUCCGCGAUGAGCAUUCUGACGCAACCGGAGGAACUGUCAAGAGACGACGUCGGGGAAGUUCCGAUCACGGUUCCUCCUCUGAGCAGGGUUCGCAAACUCCGAGGCCCGGAGGCAAUGGUCCUACUUCUAAGCGUUACAAGAAGCACGAGACUGCGCCCGCUAAGCGGAUGCUCACCAGGAGUCAGUGGCGGCGCUCCUGCUACCAGAAGGAGCAGCAGCAGGAUGGUGCCGCGACCGACCAUCCGGACAACGGGCUACUCGUGCUGCGGGACGGUGCCGAGUCGCUACCGGACGCCAAGCGUCGGCGGCGCUCCAUUGACCUUGCUUCAGACGUGGACAGUUCCAACACGGAGUCGUCUGCCGACGGCCACAGCUCGGCAUGUGGUGCUCCUCAGGACGUGAACCUGUCGCUCACUGCUGACGAGGCGGCAUCGUGCGGUGCCGGUGACGAACUUCGAGCUAACCCCGGUGGCAGGGAUGAUGUGAAAUGUGAUGGUGAACCACGUGUACUCGUCGGGCCGAUAAUUUGCCCCGAACCGGUUAAUUCCAGUAUUUAUUUAUCGUCAUCUGACCCGCCAAAACUUGGAUACAUGGAGCCGAGUGUGACGACGGCUCCCCGUGAACUAAGUCCCCUAGCGAGUGCGCGAGCGGGGGUAUCCUGUGUAAGUGAUCGUGAAAAAGUGUCUAUGCCACGCGAAAGUCAAGAGGCUGCUGCCCGAGGUGGUAAUAAUUUUCAGGGACCACAGAAGCAGCAGCCACCCCAGUGUGGCCUCGUUGGUGAACGUGCUUGCGUUGGUGGAAGUGAUGACGACGAGAACGACGACGACGGUGAGUCGCAACUGGUGAUCUGUGAUACGGACGACUCGCGCUCCGACGCAUCGCGUCACGCUGAAGACAGGGUGCGCGCAGGGUGUCACGCGGGCGAGGUGGACGUCUGUAGCGGUGAGCGUGAGACGCGUCCGCGGCGAUCGCCCCAUCGUCGUUUGUGCGGUGCCUCUCCGGCUGCGAACACGGCCAAGCAGCGCCUUGGUGCUCGUGGUGCGGAGUGCCAGGCCGGAAAGGCGGCCACCGAUUCUGGUGUGGUUUGUAUUGAUGACGACGAAGGGGACAACACCAGGACAUCGGAGACAGCCGUCGCCCCUGAGAGCUCUUCCAGAAGUCGUCUCAAAUCGCCACCGAGAACUCUCAGCAUUGUUCGAGGUACAUCGGCAGCUCCUAACCUGUCAGCUUACGAGGGUGUCCAUCCUGUGCCGACGUCUUCUCCCGGAUCUACCCAUCGGAGGACGGCCUCUUCAUCGUCUGGCCACCAUGCGCCGGGGUCGUCGUCACCGCCGCACCCGUGGCCAACAUCGCUGUCUACGCCGCUUUCUGGGACCGAGUCUCCGGAUGUCGUCGUUGUCAAGGAGGAACCCAAUGACCUGUCUGUCUCUGGCCGGAUGGCGCACCUCGCACGUCAGCAGCAGCAACCAGGCCUGGAACCGCUUGAUUUGUCGGUGAAAGAGCAAUCGUUUAGAGCGAAAGCGGACAUUCCUGUGGGCAAGGUGCAACCGCAAAUGGCCACCACUAGUCAGUCUGCGUCGCAGGAGGCGCCAGCCAACUCUCCCAUCAACUACUCAUCGUCCUCUCGGCACGUCGCGGCCGCGCACGCCGAGGAAGUUGCCCGCUCCAAGGAACGCGAAAGGCGCGGAGCCCACAGCUCCGAUAGCAACUCAAGCAACGGGUCCCAGGGCGGCGCGGGAACCUCGAGCACCAGCGAGCCGCCGUCGGACUCUAUUUUGCAGCGUCUUCUGCUGGACCCUAGUCGAAAACCAAAGGAAAGCGAUUCUAGCGCCGCCUCAUCUCCCGUCCAGGUCAUUCUUGAGCCUCGCAAUGCCCGCGGCUCGGCCGAACCGACCAAAGACUCUGCCAAACGAGGACGCGAAACAGACGUCGCGAACGAAGCCAAGUCCCUCCUGAACGCCCGCCUCACGGCGAGGCAUCAGGAACAGCAGCUGCAACAGCAGCAACAGCAACUACAGCAACAGCAGCAACUACAGCAACAGCAUCAUCAACAGCAGUCAUCAUUAGCGAAAACGUCCAACAUGGCUUCCGUACCGCCUAUGAGCUUUCCGGAAAACAACCUAGGCAUGACUACGCUCGAGUCGAAAAUAGUGGAGCUCAAAAAGCAGAUCCACCAUCUCACCAUAUUGGCCACGUACAAGGAGAAAGAGCUUGCAUGCAUCAGCAGCUUGCGUUCAGCCAAAGAAGAGGCUCUGAAGCAGCUCGAGAGCAAGUACCCCGGAAUAUGCUCCGCCGUCAGCGCCUUCGCUACCGAGUCUGGCUCCGGCGAAUCUAGUGAAAGUCCUGGAUUCACGGACGUUCCGAGCAUCGUCGCGCAGGCCGCCACGGCUACCGCGGAUCUCGCAUCGCUAGGUAUCAGCUUGCCAAGCGAGGCCGAUCCACAUCUUCUGAAGAAGCCGGCCGUGCAGUCGCAGCAGCAGACGCAGCACUCCCCUGCUUUGUCGAUCCCUCUCCUCGCAGGAACACCGGCACCACAUCGUCUACGGGCAAACUCCGGCUCCGAACGCGACUCUCCCGGCCGAGGUCUCAUGCCGUACGACAGAAACGGUGCCACAUCGACUGCGCCUGCUUCGGCAUCUGUGACUCGCUCCUCGGUCUCACCUCGUGGCGGCGACAACAGGCCGCCGAGGCCUGUGCCAUCAUCGGUACCUUCCAAAUCGGCAUUCAGCGUCCCGUCGGCAUCAUCGACGUCACCUUCUUCUUCCUCCUCAGCCGCUGCGGCUGCUGCCUCGAGUCAGAGGGCUCCCAGGCUGCUGCUUCCCAAAGGGCCUUCCGCGGCUCCGACUGCCGCUGCUCCGGUUGCUCAAACGCCCACCUCACGGGGACUUAGUAGCAUGGUUUCCCCAUCCGCCGCGGCCGCUGCAGCCGCUGUGUCUAGCUGGUGGAACACCCCGAACGGUGCACCUCUCUCCUUGACAGCCGGCCUACCUCAUCACCUGCAGCGUGACGCCCUUCGGGAGUAUGCUUCGUCUUCAUCGACUGCUGCUCUCCUAAAGGCCGCUUCUGUGCCCAGUUCUCUCACUAAACCGCAUAGCAGCGCCGCCGGAAGCAUAUCAUCAUUGUCACGACCCGACACGCUGGCUGGCCUAGCCAGCGAUAUGUCGAGAACAUCUCAUCACCGACGUCUUGCCGAAGCAGCUGCGGCCGCUGGUGCAAGGUCAGAGGACACCAGGGACGUGGCUGCCGAAUUGGCCCGACAUCAGGAGGAAUUUAAUCUGGCUCUUGGGUCUGGUGGAUCGCUCGCCGGUGUCAACGCGGCUGCUGCGGCAGCAGCAGUGGCGGCUGCUGGCGCAUACCCACUCGGCCGUGCCGGUCUAUCUGCUGCCGCCAGCAUGUAUAAUCAGGCCAUGGCGUACAGCCUGUAUCAGCAGCUUCGCGUCAACAAGGAGGCCGCGCUAGCGCAGGCCGAGGCGUCCGCGCUCCUUGAGAAGAUGAAGCAGCAGAACAUGCCUAGUCAGCAGCAGCAGCAACAUCAGCAGCAACAGCAGCAGCUGUACCAGAAGGCACUGCUCGAGCAAGCCACCAAAAACAGGCCCACUGCUUGGGAGCACAUCAGUCACCUACUGCAGAAGGAGAGUCCGGCCAGCAUGCAGGCAGGCCUGCCUACCGAGCUGCUCUCCCUUCAACCUAAGCUUUCGGCGCCUGAGAUGUCCUGGCUGCAAGCGGGGCUAGUCUGCGUCAACUGCGGUGACCCGCGAGUCAAGUUCGUCUGCAGCUGCUGCAGGACGCAGACCUUCUGCAGUGAGCAGUGCCAGUUGAAGCUCUGGAGCAAGAAGACGCAAGCUUCGUCGAAGAAUUGAAAGGUUCACCAAAAGAGACGGCUUUCGUUGGGCUUAAUUAUCAUUGUUUUUGUUGUCUCGUCAUUUUUUGCCUCUUUCAUUUUCUUUUGACUCGGGGAAUAUUUUUUUUUUCUCGGCAACGCGUGUCGCUCAUCUUUCUGUCACAGUUUUUGAUGGACGAGCUCAUUUUGUACGAUACCACAUUUCUGGCACCUGUCUAUAGGUGAGCUCAUUAUUUUCUCCCCCUUUCUUCCCUCUUCUCUAUAUUUCCUAAUAAAGUUACGUUAUCGCAGCA